AUGUCAGAUCCUACUGAAACACAGCAGUUGUGGAUGCACUUGUAUGCUGUUCUCGUGGCAAACAGUAUCCUGGUAUAUGAUCAUAUGGUGACCCUCCCAGAAGAAAUCGCUUUUAUUUGGCGUCGUCCGAAAACACGGUCUGCAAUGUUAUUUCUCGUCAAUCGCUAUGUUGCUCUGCUCGGCAAUAUAUUUGGCUUAUGUAUCAAUUUCCUGCCCAAUUCAGAUGAGACAGCUGUUCUUUUUUUCCCAAGGAAUCAUCGUUUGCCGCGGGGACCUUUGGACAUUUUUCAAACAAUGCAACCAUCUUGCCAGGAGUUGGCUGCUAUGAAACAUAUACAGCAGCAGUGCAUUGGGCUUGCAUGGGUGGCCCUGUUUAUAUUUGAAUUGAUCAUCUUCAUUCUCUUAGUGUACAAAAUUUGCAAAACUAGAGGCUUGCUGCGCUUGUCUCUGUUCACCAGGAGCAACGUUAUUGAUAUCAUAUUUCACGACGGUGCGAUGUAUUUCGGAGCGAUGACACUGGUCGGUAUACCGAACAUCCUGACGUACUACGUGGAUUAUUUCCUGACGAUUGCCAAGGUCAAUACUAGAGGCAGUCUCGCUACAUUUACCAGUUGCAUGUCCGCUACUCUCGUCUCUCGGCUGGUACUUAACCUGCACGAAUCCAUGGACACUGGGAUUUUAUCUACCACCGUUCGGGAUGAAAGCGUCAGCUUCGCUCUCCUUACCACCCGGGUCAACGUACAGUCCGCUAUUUCCUCACAUCAUUGGUAG